UGAUGGCUAACAAGCAACUUGCGCUGCAGGUAGUCUGCGCGCUGAUUUGCAGCGAAAAACAAAAGCAGAAAAAGAAAAAGAAGCGAAUAUGGAAGAGAAAUUAUGUGGAGAGAAGAGGCCGACCAGCACCGGCUGCUCUGACCCGCGAGCUGAAGGAGGAGACGAUGACACCGAAUGCUGGGUUAAAAGAUCUGCCGUGGAUGACAUCAGAGGAGUUUGAGUUCCUGCUCAGCAUGGUCGGACCCCUCAUAACCAAACAACAUACGAAGAUGAGACGGGCAAUAACCGCUAAAGACCGCCUGUAUGUGACCUUGCUGUUUUUGGCAACAGGUGAAACGUUCAGUUCGCUCAGUGCACAGUACAAGAUUGGAGCCAGCACUACUUCGCAGAUAGUUAUGGAGACCUGCGUUGCGUUGUACCAAGUCAUGAAAACAGACUAUCUGAAGACGCCAUCGACAGAGGCAGAAUGGAGGGCAGUAGCUCAUGACUUUGAAUCGAAAUGGCAAUUUCCACACUGCUUAGGUGCCCUUGGUGGAAAACGCAUCUAUAUACAACCUCCAGCAAAAACGGGCACCUUCGAUAACUAUAAGGGCAGAUGCUUUGUGACUGCAACGGCUGCAGUGGAUGCAAAUUACAAAUUCAUCUACAUCAGUGUGGAUACACAUGUGAUGGCGUCUGAUGCUGGACCCUUCGCUCAGUCGGGCUUGUGCAAAUGGAUGGAUUCAGGUCUGCUGAACUGUCCUCCACCUGAACCGUUGGCCAACAGUGACCUGAAGAUACCGUACAUGUUUGUGGGGGAUGAGACUUAUCCUUUGAGGCCUGACUUGAUGAAGCCGUAUCCAAGCAAACCGACCGACCGCAGUCAGCAGAUUCUGAACUACCGUCUUUCCAGGGCACAGAGAGCGGCGGACAAUGCUUUUGGCAUUCUGGCGAACAGAUGUAGGUUUUUGAGGAACACUAUAUAUUUGGAGCCAGAAAAGGUGCUUAAGAUACUUACGGCGUCUCUGUGCAUUCAUAACUUCCUCCUGGAGCGCAGGUCUGAAGCAUAUGCACCUCCAGGUCUUGCAGACUGGGAGAAAGAGGACCACAGCUUAGUUGAAGGAACUUGGAGGGAUAAAGGGACCGGGUCUUUACAGCCGGCGGAGCAAAAGAGGGAAUGCAACGCAUCAGUUACAGCAAAAAUGCAACAAAACUUUCUGUGUGACUAUUUUGUCUCGCCUGCUGGUUGUGUUCCUUGGCAGGAGCAACACAUCAGCAAUGAGGGCGAACUCGUGUUCGUCACAGUUUAGGGGUUUUUCUGUUGUUGUUUUUUAUUCAUUCAUUCAUUUUCUUUUCGGCUUAGUCCCUUUAUUAUUGAGCGGAAUGAACCGCCAACUUAUCCAGCAUAUAUUUUAUGCAGCUGAUGCUCUUCCAGCUGCAACCCAUCACUGGGAAACAUCCAUGCACACUCGGACAAUUUAGCCUACCCAAUUCCCCUAUAGCGCAUGUGUUUGGACUGUGGGGGAAACCGGAGCACCCGGAGGAAACCCACACCAACACAGGGAGAACAUGCAAACUCCACACAGAAACACCAAGUGACCCAGUCAAGACUCAAACCAGCGACCUUCAUGCUGUGAGGCGAUUGUGCUACCCACUGCACCACCGUGAUGCCCACUGUUGUUUUUUAAUGGACAGUAAUUGUCCUUUAAAGGGUUAGUUUAGUCAAAAGUUAAAAUUGUGUCGUCAUUUACUCACCCUUCACUUCAAUCUGCUUGAGUUUUUUCUGCCAAACACAAAGGAGAUAUUUAGAAAAAUGUUGGAAACAUUGGGUUCUAUAGUAUUUGUUAUUCCUGCUUUGGAAGUCAGUGGUUACAUUUAUUACACGCUCAUGAGGAUUCAAAAGUGUAUAUACACAUCUCUAAAUACUGAAAGUCUUAUUACUUUUUGGGGUGUAAAAAUGUAACAUCCUGAGCAACUCUCUACGUGGUCCUCCAUCAUCUUCUGCCAUGUCACUUACAGAUUCAAUGUUUGGUAAUUAAUGCUGAUCAAGGUCAGAUUUUGAAGAGCAACACAUGCACUGUGUAAUAUUCUUCUUCGGCGGGCCGAAUCUAUGACAUGGGUGGUCAGGUAUAAAUGAUCCCCCUUUAAAAUAGCCACAAGGUGUUUUUGGGUGUGGCCUCAGCAGAGGAAACGUAUCUAGAGAUUGAGUUGAGAGCACUUGAGGAUGGAGUGGCUGUUCCUGUGCUAACUGAUCCCAUUUGGCUCGUGGACUUAGCUUUUCUAAGUCACAGUUAGAAGUUUUCUAAGUUGAAGUUAGCAAAAGUAAUGCUGCAUUACAGUAAGCAAAAUAUUUUAAAAAAAGGGAUUUUGGUUUGAAAAUGUACGUUUAUGUAUAUAAAAUGUUGUUAAUAAGAUAAGAAGAUUAAGUAAAGCUUCUGUUUUAUAAUUAACAAAACCAAACAAAACAUUUUCUCGAAGGAAAAACCUUUAUCAACAU